AGAUCAGCUCAAACAGUUUAAUGCUCCACAGUAGCUUCAAUCGGUUCACAGUUCGAGAAAAUGUGUAAUUGAGGUGAAAAUGGAAAAUUUCCUAUUUUUCCAUUUGUUAGUGUACUUUUUGUGCGCUGACUAUGGUACAUCUAUUAGACGACCGCAAAUAAGUUUAGAAGGUGGAACCCUUCGUAUUCGACCACUCAAGGGAAAAAAUAUUCUAUUGGAUACUUCAGGGAAAGGAACAGUUCUUCUAAAUGGGGUAGACCUAUCUGAAGCAGUAAAAAUGGUUCUCAAAUCCUCCAAUAUUCUGGACAAGUACACAACGAAUUUCGAGGAUUCUUUCAACAAAAUAGACCAGUUCGAAAAAACCCUGACAGAUAAAUCUACUGGACUUGUGAAGAAAAUUUUACGUCUGGAGGCAGAAGUUUCGGGUUUGACUAACGUUACUUCUAGUCCUGUGUCAAACACAAAGCUCACUAGACUCACGAAACAGCUGCAAACUGCAAUGGCGGACUUGGCAACUCUUACCAGUUUGCUGAGUCAGGACGAUUGCAAAAGUAAUCCCUGUUCGAAUGGUGGAACAUGCCAAGACCUGUUCAACAAUUUCAUUUGCCACUGUCCUGACGAAUGGGAGGGUCAACGUUGUGAUGUGGACGUAAACGAAUGUGCAAGAUUCGUUGGGACUGAUUUAGGAUGCCAAAAUGGGGCGACUUGUAUCAACAAACCAGGAUCCUACCAAUGUUUGUGUACAAAUGGAUGGUAUGGCAUCCAUUGCACCAGAAGAUCUAAAGAUUGCGAUUCAGCAAGUUCAUCGAGUCUUUGCGGCCACGGAACUUGCGUGCCCCAAAAUACCGAUCUUGGAUAUAAAUGCAUAUGUGACCAGGGCUAUACGAACAGCGGACCUUCUGAACAAUGUGUUGAUGUUGACGAAUGCAAAUCCGGGCGCGCUGUCUGUUCCGUCAACCCUUUGGUUAAUUGCAUCAACACCCCUGGUUCUUUUCGUUGCGGCAACUGCCCAGAAGGUUUCACUGGAAAUGGAUACUAUUGCACUGACAUAAACGAAUGUCAAAACAUGCAGAAUGGAUGUAGCAGAAAUCCGUCAGUUGAAUGUAUCAACACCCUGGGCUCCUAUAAAUGUGGACCUUGCCCACCUGGAUAUCUUGGCGAUGGUAGAACUUGUACCUACAAAGGAAUUUGCAACGUGAACAAUGGCGGAUGUCACCCUCUGGCUUCUUGCAGGGAAAACCAAAAUAAUCCAAUGUCACUAGUAGAGUGCAUCUGCCCCCCUGGUUACCUUGGAAAUGGUUUGGGACCAAAUGGUUGUAUUGUCUCGAGGACCCCCUGGUCUCCCUGCAAUCCAAACCCAUGCAGAAACGGAACGUGCAUAGUUGGUAACAAUUCAACUUAUACCUGCAGAUGUGAACCACCCAAUUUUGGUAAAAAUUGCGAACUUAGUAUGUCUCCAUGCGCUGGCAAUCCCUGCAAAAAUGGAGGUACCUGUUCACCUCGAGGGUUCUACUUUAGAUGCUCAUGUACAAAUUCUUGGACUGGACCCACUUGCGCAACUGAAAGGAGCGCAUGUGGAGGUGUCAUCAGCCAAGAAAGUGGCACCUUGAGGUACCCACCAAUCAAUUUUUCAUUGAGACCAGAGGUACGCAGCUGUGCAUGGAUUAUUGAGACAUCGAAAAACCAAAUUUUGAAACUCGUUUUCAAAGAGUUCCACAUGAAAUACACGAAGGAAUGUAACAAGGAUUGGUUGCAGAUGCACGAUGGUAGAAACACAGCCACCCACACUUUGGGAAGAUACUGCGGUAACAAUCUGCCCAAAAACGGAUCCUUCCUAACGACUCACAACUCGGUAUACAUUUGGUUCAGAACUGAUGGCACCUCUUCAGAUACAGGUUUCGAAUUGAGUUGGAAUUCUACCACUCCAACGUGCGAUUUCAACAUCAGUGCCACUAGUCAUGGUUCUAUACAAUCCCCUGGAUCACCUGGAAAUUACCCUAAUAAUAGGGAUUGUUUCUGGAUGAUAAACGCACCUGCUGGAAGAAGAUUGCUCUUCCAGUUCUUCAGUUUCGAUGUAGGAAGCUCUGUGAACUGCAGUGGGGAUUAUUUGGAGAUCUUUUCAUCCUCGACUCAAGAUAAUCCACCUUAUUCGAAAUAUUGCAACAGUUCUGUGCUUCCAUCGAACUUGUACAUGCCAGGCUCAGUAGCGGUAAUCCAUUUUCAUUCUGACGACACCGUGCAGCAUCCUGGUUUCCAGAUGAGUUAUUCUGUAGUUGAAGGUAUACCCGGAUGCGGUGGUACUUACACCACGAGCCGUGGAGAAAUACAGUCACCCUCUUAUCGCGGCAGAUACCUGUCGGAUCUGGACUGCGAAUACAGGAUCAAGUUGGCACCGCAGCUCAGGGUUAAGCUAGAGUUUGUGUCCUUCGAACUUGAACAUGACAGCAGCUGUAAAUUCGACUAUCUCGAAAUCUUCGAGGGUCCCGACACAAGCUCGCCUUUGAUCGGUAGAUACUGCGGUUCGAGUUUACCAGGACCUUAUUUAUCAAACGGCAACGAGUUGACCAUUCGGUUCAAAUCGGAUUGGGCUACAGGCUUCAAAGGAUUUGUCCUGAGAUAUGAGACAGUAUGCGGUGGGAAAUUCACCGAAAAAACAGGAAUCAUCUCAUCAGACGGAUACCCAAAUCGCUAUGCUCCAGGUGUUUCCUGUUUGUACGAAAUUAUUCAGCCCCCAGGAUACAUAAUCAGCCUCAAGUUCCUAGAUUUUCGUCUGGAGCAUCCUUCAGGUACAGAUGAGCCAUGCUACGAUUAUGUAGAGAUCAGGGAUGGAGACACAGAAAAUUCAACAUUGAUCGGAAGAUACUGCAACGAAACACCACCACCAGAGAUCAUUUCAAGUUUCAAUUACCUCUGGAUAAAGUUUAACACAGAUGAGAGCGUCAGCGGUGAAGGCUUCAGGGCAAAUUAUAGUGUAACAGACAUAGGGUGUGGAGGAGUGCUGAAGGAAAAUGCCGGGGUAAUCUCACCCCAAUUCGACGCUGGCAAUUAUGGUUCGAAACUGAACUGCAACUGGGUCAUAAAAGCACCACCGGGCAAUCUGAUCCGCGUGAUCUGGGCUACUUUCCAACUGAAGCAGAGGUACUUCUGCGAUCGUGAAUACAUCCAGGUCUUCGACAAUAAUACCAUCACUGGUAGAGGCGGAUUGGUGGGAAAAUUCUGCGGAAAUAAGCUGCCACCUUCGUUCAUCAGUACCUCGAACGUUGUUACCUUAUCUCUAGUUCUGGAAAGGUCAGUUAUUACCAGCAGCGGUUUCACACUCUCCUACAAUUUCGUCAAAGAGGCCAAACUAUGUGGUGGAGACUUCCAUUCGGCUGGUGGCGUCAUAAGAUCUCCAAAUUAUCCAGCUGAAAUUUCACCGAACGCUGAUUGUGUCUGGACCAUUACCGUCCCACAAAAUCACCAGAUCCUUCUCAACGUCACCGAUUUCCACAUGGAUAAUAACGACCAAUGCAGAUACGAUUAUCUGGAAAUAAGAAAUGGAAAAUCCGCAUCAUCUCCCCUCAUAGGUCGUUACUGCGGUAGCAAAUCGCCAAAAUUGGUAUCCUCCCACGCGAAUCAGAUGUAUAUUCACUUCAAAACUGAUAACCAUGGGUUAGGAGGAUGGUUUGAACUCGUUUGGGAAUCAGCUGCAACUGGUUGUGGCGGUAUACUAUCGGCGGUUUCAGGUUCAAUCGUGUCUCCAAUGUACCCAGAACCUUACAACAAAUUCACGGAUUGUUACUGGAAAAUAUCAGUCAGUGCAGGAUCGCUUGUGCAGAUCAUUUUCACUGAUAUAGAUUUGGAGCCUCACAGUUUCUGUCUGCUGGAUUACGUAGAGGUAUUUGACGGCUCUAGUGCUGCUUCUAAAUCCUUGGGAAGAUUCUGCAGCUUGACGCAUCCAACCUUCAUUCGUACCACCCAGAAUCACGCUUUUGUGCGUUUCAGAUCCGACGUAAGCUAUCAAGGCAGAGGUUUUCAACUUCAGUAUACAACAGUUUGCCAGAACAAUAUAACAGGCUUCUUUGGGGUAAUCGAAAGUCCCAACUUCCCAAAUCGCUAUCAGCUGCCGGAAGAAUGUGUUUGGAACAUCAAUGUUGAAGCUAAGAAUAAGAUUAAUAUCACAUUUACAUCAUUUGAUGUUAGAGCGUGGAACGACCAUGGAAAUAAGACAUGCGCUUCUAAUGGCUUAGAGAUCAAGUAUGCCGCUGAUGAUUACACGGGAACUGACACCGUAGUUUAUAACACUUAUGGAAAAUAUUGUGGACACAUUGAUACCCCUAAGUUGCUGACACUGGACCACGACAAAGUUCAAAUCAGUUACAGGACGAAAUCUACCAUGGUAGGUUCUGGAUUUAGGCUAGAAUGGGCCCUGGAAGGCUGCGGUGGAAAACUUUACAAUUCGGGUACAAUUCACUCGCCAAAUUAUCCAAAGGGAUAUCCAGAAUCAGCAGCUUGCAGGUGGGAGAUAGAAACGGAAUUUGGAAAUUCCAUAGUAUUGACGUUCAAUGAGAUCGACUUAGAGAGGACGAAUGGGUGUCAUUACGAUUCUAUACAGGUUUACAAUGGGCCAGACAACACGUACCCACAAAUAGCGCAUUUUUGUCAUCAAGACACUCCUAUUGAAGUGAGAAGCAAUGGUAACAAGAUGGGCAUUUAUUUCUCAACAGACUCCUCCUAUCAGGGAAAAGGAUUUUCCGCCAAUUUCAGCUCAGUUAAAUCAAAAUGCGGUGGAAAAUUAACAUUGGCAAAGGGCUCCAUAUUUUCACCCAAUUAUCCGAAAAACUACAACAGAAACGACUCCUGCGAGUGGCUACUUGAAGUAGAUGAAAAUCACCUCAUCGAUUUGGAAUUCGAAGAAGUCGACUUGAUGAAAACGGACACGUUCUGUAACAGAAAUUACAUCAAGGUCCACGAUGGACCAAGUGCAGCCUAUCCAAUUUUGGCCACAGUUUGCGGUACGAAAAAACCAAAUAAAACUAUAACAUCCACCCACAAUACGAUGUUCGUAGAAUUUUUCGGCGGUACAUUUGUUACUUCGAAAGGAUUUCUCGCACACUUCCAUAAGGCUUGUGGAGCACGUAUUGUAGCGUCGGUUAGUGGAGAAAUACAGAUGCAUCCAGAAUUCGUCGACAACAACCGUAUAACAAAUUGUUCUUGGACAAUUGUGGCCCCCGAGCCAAAUCAACACAUCGCCCUUACCAUAACCCACAUGAACCUGAGGUUCAUGGACUGUACAGGCAGCUCUUCUGUGAGCGUUUACGAUGGUGAAAGCGACAAUGGGACGUUACUUGGUUCCUACUGUGGCAGAUCAGUCCCUGGAAUGUUGCUCAGUAGGGGAAACGCACUCCAUAUUGUUUCCGAAGUAUACGUAUACUUAAAUGCGAACUACGAAGUAUUUGAUUCGACUUGUGGCGGUACUUUCAACACCCUUGGAGGCAUGAUCAUUUCUCCAGGUUUCAUUGAUGGAAUUCCUAAUUCGUCGUCAGAAUACGAAUGUGAAUGGACCUUACAAACAGCUCCAGGGAAUUUCAUCAGUAUCACUUUCCAAGAUUUCAAAUUACCGCAAUCGGAAAAAUGUAAAACUGAUUAUUUGGAGUUGCGUCGUUACAACUCCAGUGGGAAACUUAUGGGAACAUAUUGUGGGGAUGAGAAACCUGCAGAUAUGACUUUGGAGGGUGGUGUAUGGUUAUACUUGAAGACUUCAGAGAAUAGAGAAGGAACUAAAACCGGAUUUAAAGCAAGCUACUCCACAGCUUUCAAUAACGUUCUGAACGCCCCAUCCGGACAAAUCGCUAACCCACUUUACCCUGAAUAUUUCACCAUCUACGAGGAUUACACUUGGCGAAUUUCGGUAACAUUCGGCAAGAAAAUUGUCAUCAAAUUCAAGGAAAUGUCUCUUGGUUCCCAUUACGAAACAGAAUGCGCUGCCACUGGAAUGAAGAUAUACGAUGGUAUGGACAGUUCGGCUGUAGUGCUGAAGGAAAUCUGCGAUUUUGAAAUCCCAGAACCCGUGAAGACUUCCUCCAACGAAGCUUACAUCACGGUCUCCUUCACAGCUGGACAAUCCAAAUUCCUGAUCGAAUGGGAGGAAAUCGAGAGCUACAAUUCGCCCCAAGCGAAAAAUACCACAGUUGAAGGGUGCGGUUCUAGCGACGUCAUUGACAUGACGUCCCUGAGGAAUUACACGUUGAAGUCCCCAGGAUAUCCUGAUGGAUAUGCAGAUCAGCUGAAAUGUGACUGGACAUUCAUGACGUCUUCAUCGAACCACUUGGCCAUCACUUUCUUGUGGUUUGAUCUGAAAUCUUCGUACGGUGUCUACUAUUCCUGCAGUUACAUGGAUUCUGUUGAGAUAUUUUCAGGGAACGAGAAAACUGACGAAUGGAAAUCAAUCAAGAAAAUCUGUACCGUGAACGAAACUAACUCUGUAUAUUCAACCACGAAUAUGAUGAAGAUUAGUUUCGUCACAGAUUACAGUGGAAACGGUACAGGUUUCAAAGCUGAAAUCAAAGAAGAGUGUGGAGGUGAAAUAUUUAAAGCUGAAGGAAGCAUAAUAUUUGACGAGCAGCACCCUAGAGGUCGAAGAUGCCAAUGGAACAUCACAGUACCAACUGGAAAAACUAUAGAGGUCGAUUUUCUCCACAUGGACAUAGCACCAGGCCAAGAAGAAGGAUGCAAGAAUUACGUGAUGCUAAGGAAUGGGUUGCAAUCCGACUCACCACCCUUAGGAGCUGGAAAGUAUUGUGGAACAAACGGACCAACACUGAAGACGACUAGCAAUCGACUAGGAGUGAAAUAUUCUGGAUCUCCCAACGUCAAGGGUUUCAUUUUGCGUUUCAAAUCGGUAUCCUACGAAUGUGGCGGUAACACUGAACUCACCGUUUUCGGGAAUUCAACGACGAUUUCAUCCCCCAACUACCCCAACAUCCCACCGCCACACACCGAUUGUAUCUGGAUCAUAAGAUCGCCGCCAGGUACCUCCAUACAGCUCGAUUUCCACGGAAGAUUCGAUUUGACUCAAUCCGAAGGGUGUACUUCAGAAGCUGUUGAAGUUAGAAAUGGAGCAACAGAAUACUCUCAACCCAUCGGAAAAUUCUGCAAAACCCUGCCUAGUACUCAGUUCUCGACUGAUAACAUGAUGUUCGUGAAGUAUUUCACUGACGUCGAUGAUCCUAGGAAUGGCUUUAAAGCCACCGCAACUAUAGCUACAUGUGGGGGCACUUAUAGAGGUAUCCAUGGAAAAAUCUCUUGGUCAGCCGAUGACAGCAGGAUGCACCAAAGCAAGAAUAAUUGCACAUGGCGAAUUGUUGCACCACAAGAUUACAAUCUCGUUCUAAAGGUAGAUGCUUUAGAUAUGCCACUGAUGAGUAUCGGUUGCAGUGGAAGCCUUAAAGGCAUACAGAUUUAUUCAGUGGAUCCAGUACAACAUAAAGAGGUCUUUGUCAAGAAAAUUUGCACCCGUUUGGACACCCAAGAUAUAGCCAUCAACUCUAACGAGGCUGUCAUACAUUACAAACAUGUUGCAUCUUCGUUCUCUACGAAGAAAUUUGUACUGGCCUACAACGCAACGAAGCAGAAUUGCAGCUUCAACUUGAACACCCCAACUGGCAGAAUCCAAACGCCAGGCUAUCCCAGACACGCAUACCGCCUAAUUCAUUGCAAGUGGAUCAUAAGGGUUCCAGAGGGAAGAAGGAUAAAGCUUACCUUCACCGAUCUGGAUCUGGACGAAAACUUGGACUUCCAAAACCAGGGUAUCGCAAUGCUGGACAGCGGAAGCACCAGGAUGUCCAUAGCUUUCAUCCGCUUCAACAACGGAAGCACCACGGAUGGAAGGAGACAAUUUGAGACAAGCUCCAACAUGUUGACGAUGUUCUAUUGGUCGGUGAAUGCACACGGUCGCGGAUUCGCGGCAUACUACGAUUCCAACCAGCCAACAGUCUGCCAGGGUUCUUUCAACGAAACUAGUGGCAGUAUCUCAGUGCCAAAUGCCACUUCGUUCUUCUGUUCUUGGAAGAGGCAACAAACCUCAUGGAAUACAACGUUGAAGGUCUCGGCGACUAUGCAUGUCAAAUCGAAACGCAGUGCAAGUUUAAAUUGUAGAAACGGAAACUCUGCAAUGAUGAUAUAUAACCCUGAUUACCCUUGGAAUUUGCAGUUUGCUCUUUGCACCAAUACAACUAAACCUGUCGUAUUAAGAACCUCCUACCCAACGCUUAGCCUUCAGGUAUGGGGAAGGAGGGAAUUAUUGAACUACACAUUGGAUUAUGAUACCUACCCUUGUGGAGGACUGAUAACGGACGAAAGUGGACAAAUAACCACGCCAAAUUUCCCGAAUAAGCCAUCGUCUUCUGCUGAAUGCAGUUGGGUAUUGAAACUGCCGAAGAAUCAGCAGAUAAACGUAACCUUCGUUUCGCUAGACCUAGGCGAAGACUGCGAGAAAAAUUUCGUAGAAAUUUUCAAUGGAGCCUCACCCAAGUCUCCCAGAAUAGCCAAGUUCUGCAAGGCAAACGCACCAACUGUUGGGCCUUCCAAUACCCACUCAGUGAUUUCAGAGAGGAACACUUUGAUUAUCAAUUAUCAUAUCGCGGCUGAUGGUAAGGGAAAAGGAUUCAAUAUCACCUACCAGCCAGUUAUAAAUGGGUGCGGAGGGGUAUUCCACGACAAGAAUCGAAUCAUUCAAUCCCCAGGAUAUCCGAAGAACUACCCCAACAAUAGCGAGUGCGUUUGGGAGAUACGAGCCCCAGAAGGAUUCCACAUCGGUCUUUCUUUCAUUGGCAGAUUUCAUCUAGAGGAGAGCGAUGAUUGCGUUGAUGAUUUCCUGAAGGUUUGGGACUGGAAAAUGAAUGACUGGCAACUGCUGAAGACGCUGUGUGGCAGAGAAACUCCAACCAGUGUCAAUUCGACAGAAAACAGGAUGAAAAUAAUGUUCAGGAGCAACGCGAAGAUCCGAGCUCAAGGGUUCAAGGCAAGGUGGGAAUUCAACUGUGGUGGAACUUUCGUGGCUAAGAACACCCUCCAGACGAUCGUCAGUCCUGGUUAUCCCGAUAAAUAUCCCAGCAGCAUACAGUGCGUCUAUAAGAUAGUUCCUCCGAACGCAAAACAAUAUGUCCAUUUGAAGUUCCACGAUUUCGAGUUGGAGUACGGUAUGCCAAGUUGUGUUUCCGACAAUGUUACAGUGACAAGUUUGAGUACAUAUUACGAUCGUUCGGUGCGGACUCUAUACUGUGAUAAAGUAAUGCCACCGGAAAAUUCUUACAAGGAUGGGGUUAAGAUCACCUUCACUACCGACUCCUGGCUCGUGAGGAGAGGUUUCAAAUUUUCCUUCACUACCACAGGAUGUGGUGGUAACAUUACGGUCCCUACGCAGAUUUCAACCCCUAAAAUUUCACUGGAUUCCUCCUACUUAGGCUAUAUCGACUGCGAAUGGAAGAUUAUAGCACCGCCUAAAAAGAUCAUAGCUUUAAGGUUCGUCCAAUUCAUCACACCCUACACCGCCUCCUGUUCCUAUGACAACGUGAUUAUCUACGACGGAUUAGAGAGGAACAGCGAGAAUAAACUGGCAACUUUAUGCGGGAACCUCACCACAAACCCACCAACAUUAAACAGCCCCAACAACACCCUGACCAUAUCCGCGAACAUAGAUCCGAAUUACAAAGAUAUGAACAUCUUGAUCGACGUUUUCUUCACUGCAGGUCCCUCUGAAGGAUGUGGAGGUACCUUCAACCUCACAUCAACGAUGACGAUCAGAUCUCCCAGUAUGAAAGAGAAUAAUGAGAUCGGCGAUUGCUAUUGGAAGUUCAUGGCUCCUGUGGAUUACACGAUAGAAUUUGAAAUUACCGACCUGAAUAUGCCCACCUGUAGCAAGAGGAAUUGCUCUUGUAGCUUCCUAGAGUUCAGGGAUGGUGGCAGCUCAUUAUCCACCCUAAUCAGCAGGCUGUGCAAUUCAACAUCUCCCGUGACCAAAUACCAAACCUCAACUCGCUACGGGUUCCUGAGAUUCUACAUGGACAGCCCGCAAAGCAACUCUUUCAGCAUAAGAGCAAGACCAAUUAUCUCUCCUUGCGGCAAGUCCUUGCUGAAUGUCACGAAGGAGUUACAGAAUAUCACCUCUCCCAAUUACCCGAACACUUAUCCGGAGAACAUAAGGUGUAGGUGGAUUCUGCAAUCCGAGGCGAGCUACAAGAAGAUGGUGCUCAGGUUUAAGGAGUUCAAUCUGGCAGACGAAACGGUUGGUUCUGGACCGGAGGAUGAGUGCAAGUUUGACUUCUUGGAAAUCGAGAACGGAAAUCAACACGAGGCUUACGGAAAAGGCUUAGGGCCUAGUACAGUUUUCGCAGGUAGAGGAAAAAGUUCAAUAACUUACGAAUAUGCACUCAUGGGCGUGCACACUUUCUGCGGCAGAAACAGUCGCAUGUUCGAUUAUUAUUCUCCAACAGGCUCUUUAUCCUUGAUAUUCCAGAGCAAGUCUGGGAUGAAUCACGGCAAAGGUUUCCUGAUACAAUAUCAGCUAACAGGUUGUAACAGAAACUACACUGAUGAUUACGGAAAAAUUGUGUUCUCGCUGAGCGAAAAAGAGGACUGCCUUAUCGGUAUAACAGUUGCUUCUAAUAAAACUAUAUCUCUAUAUUUCGCGGAAUUUUUCUCGUUCAAUUCGGAUAACUGCUCGGAUGAGUACGUCAAGGUGAUAGACGGAGAUUUGAACAAAGGGAAGGAGUUAAGAAACUUAUGUGGCUUCGAAAGGGCCAACUCGAUCUUCAGCACCACAAAUCAAAUAUGGCUGAAAAUUCGUUCAGAAAAAAAUGCCUUGGAUUUGCACGUAGACCUCACGUACACCUCGACGGACAAGGGCAGAGGGUGUGGAGGGACGAUUUACGAUAUUUCUGGAACUUUCACCAGUCCUAUGUAUCCGAACGACUUCAGAAAUAAUACACAGUGCGUUUGGUACAUAAGGGGACCGCCAGGGACCACGCUGGAACUCCGAAUUGAUGUUUUCGACAUCCAAGCCAGCUGUGACGUGAACUACCUGAAAGUUACAACAUUCGAUAACGGUGUACAAAAUGAACAUGAAUUCUGUAAAGGGGACGAUCCAGCUGUGCUUACUUCGGAUGGUAAAUUGACUGUUCUUUAUCAAGCAGCAGUUCACAAUGGGGGUGUAGGGUGGACUGCUUCGUUCAGAGCGACGGAGCAAGACCAUCAAUUGAGUUAUGUUCCAAUAGCCAUCGAUUGACGGCGUUUGAGAGAGCAGAAGAAUGUAACUUGAGAAUUUUUAAUAAAUAAUUUGUGGAAAU